UCAGCCGUCUUCCAGUCGCCUGCACACACCUUGAGAGCUGCGUCUCAUGUAGAGGACUCUCAACAGAGCCGUCUUCAUGGUGCGGUUUCACGACUUCAUUCUUUAGGAUGAAGAAUGUAAAGAUUCUACAUUUGCCGCUUCUUUUUCUGUUUGUGCAUGCCUGCUUUGCACAAGCAGAUUUUGCCCCCUAUUUCUUUGACAAUGGACCCUACAGCCACAAUGGGAACCUGGCCUUGUUCAGCCUCUCGGAGGACACGGCUGUUGGUACACAGAUCUACUGUCUCAAUGGCACAGACCCUGAAGGCCAGAAGGUGAGAUAUGGCCUGUCCUUCGAUCCGGGGUCCAAAGAGUACUUCAGGGUCGACCCUGAAUCUGGAAAUAUUACAUUAGUGGAAAAGCUCGACCGAGAGAAACAAGAUUCUAUUGAUGUUCUCGUCAGCAUCACAGACGGGCAAAGCAAGGUGGUGGAAAGAGUCACCAUAUUUGUAAUGGAUGCCAAUGACGAAAAGCCUGAAUUCCAAAACAUGCCUGCAAUCAUUGAUGUAGUGGAAACAACUGAAUCUGGAAGCAGCAUCUACAAAGCCCAGGCAGUAGAUAAAGACACGGGCUCAGGAGGCUCAGUCACCUACUUCCUCCAGAAUCCACAGUCCAGUUUGUUUGCCAUUGACCGACACAGCGGUGUCCUUCGUAUCAAGUCAGGAGAAAUGCUGGACUAUGAGAAAACAAAGACACACUUUGUCACUGUCAUUGCAAAGGAUGGUGGUGGAACCUUUAACGGGAAGGAACAAUUUCUGUCGUCCUCUGCUACCUUAACAAUCAAUGUGAUUGACGCACAAGACACGCCGCCAUCUUUCAUUGGGACGCCCUACUUCGCCUACGUUUAUGAAGUCUCAGGGCCAGGAUCUGAAAUAUUUAGUGUCAAUGCCAAAGACGGUGACGUGGGAAACCCAAAUCCAAUCCGUUACUCUUUUGAUGAUGGCGAUGAUGGUGUUUUCAGCAUCAACAGAACAAGUGGUUUAAUCACUCUGCUGACUCUCCCCAUUCAUCUGAAGAGAGAAAUCUUUAACAUUAAAGUCAGGGCUUCAGAAGUAAGUCCUGAAGGCAGACUCAUGGACUAUAGUUUGACCACGGUGGUGAUCCGUGUAGUGGACCUAAACAACAACCCACCUACUUUCUACGGAGAGAACGGCCAACAGAACAUGUUUGAGUUGACCAUGUACGAGCAUCCGCCAGAGGGAGAGAUACUCCGAGGGCUGAAAAUUACUGUCAAUGACUCUGAUCAGGGUGCAAACGCUAAAUUCAACCUGAGACUGAUUGGACCAGGAAGGAUGCUGCGAGUCGUCCCUCAGACUGUUCUCAAUGAGGCCCAAGUGACAAUCUUAGUAGAAGACUCUGCUGCAAUGGACUAUGAGAAGCAUCAUUUUCUAACAUACAAGCUACUUGCUGUCGAGAUUGACACUCCGGAGAGGUUCAGCGCCACAGCGGACAUUGUCAUUCAUCUCCUAGACACCAAUGACAACGCUCCCAAAUUUUCCUCCGAUUACUACAUCGCCAGAAUUCCAGAAAACUCACCCGGUGGCUCCAAUGUGGUGUCAGUGACGGCAAUAGACCCAGACUCAGGACCUUGGGGUGAAGUGAAAUAUUCUAUCUAUGGAUCUGGGGCUGACUUGUUCCUGAUCCACCCUGAAUCUGGGAUCAUCUACACCCAGCCGUGGGCGAGUCUGGAUGCAGAGGUGAGGUCCAAGUAUAACUUCUAUGUGAAGGCGGAGGACGCAGAGGGCAAGUACAGCCUGGCUGAAGUCUUUGUGACUGUUUUGGACCUGAACGAUCAUCCACCAGCUUUCAAUGAUAACUUCCUGGAGAAGACCAUGGUGAUUGGAGCACCGGUUAAAAUAGAGGCUGUAGACGAUGAUGCAGAAGUUCCCAACAAUGUCAUCGAGUACGCCAUCAUGAAAGCUGAGCCGGACAACAACAUCUUUGACAUCGACGCUGACACGGGGGAAAUCGUUCUCAAGUCCUACAUCAAGUCCAUGGCCAUCAUUCAGAACAUCACCAAGCAGAGAGACUGCACCUGGUCACUGCUGGUUCAGGCCCGAGACCGAGGCCAGCCGUCCUUCAGCACCACUGCAGUCGUCAAGAUCGACAUCACCGAAGCUACCCAACUCAAGGGGGGGCCUUUGGGAUCAUUUUUAUUGCAGAAUAGAAACAAGCCUUUGCAAAUCCUAGGCAUGCUCGCUGGUGUCAUUAGUCUCAUGGUCGUAGUCACAGUCAUCAUCUCCACUGCAAUAUUCAUGCGCAACAAAAAGUCCAACCGGAUCCUGCCUAACCGCCGCGUACGGAGAAGGCCUCGGAAACAGCAAACCUGGAACUUCAAAAAUCCUUUCAAGGAGCCGGAAACUCCCGGAGUGAAAUUCAUAGUGGAAGAGGAGGAGCGGGAGCCAGAGGUCGUCGUGGAGAAUGCCAACUACAACAACAACGUCAGCACUGCUGUGAGACACUGGCCCCCGCCUCCGCCUCCAUGUGCACCUUGUCUGCCCCCUCCACCGCCUCCCUACAUCCCAGGAGAGAGGCAGUGGGUUGUACCAACAGGCUCAACAGUAGUAGCACCCAAACCUAAAAAGAAGCCAGUGAUAACCAGGCAGGACACUGUGAACAAAGCACUGGUUUCAGAGCUCAAGAUGAGGCUGGAGCAGAAGAGGAACAAUAGUUUUACCUGACAGCUGACAAAACAAUCUCAACACGGGCCUCAUUGAGAAGCUGUUGGCCCAGCUGCCACAGGAAUGUAAAUCUAACUUUCCAUUCUUUUCUUCAGAAUUCGGGUCUUUUUCUUCAGUUACAAAAGAGAACAACUGGAAAAUGGAAAUUCUGAAGUGGGAUUUUGAAAAUCCAGAUGUCCACCAACUGGUUAGACUCUGAAUUCGAUCCCAUGAAACAAUAAAAGGCUCCAGAGCAGCUAAUGUAAAUGGACCUUGAGGUCAGACUGUUGUAUAAACUGAUGUUACCAAGGUCAAACAUGAACUCUAAUAACAAUAAUGCUUUUUGGGUGUGUGAGCGAGAAAGAGAGAGAGAGAGAAAAACAGCUCAGUUCCUGGUGGAUCAAUAUUAGAAUUUUAGUCCAGAAGACACUCCUACCCUGUGUAUCGUCAUUCAAAAUCACAUUUUCAAUUCACCACCAUUUGUAUUGUUUCUCUAUCAGAUGAAUCCCACCUUUUUAAAACAUGUGUUGACACUUUAGUGGCUUAAACUUCUUCAACUCAGAUCCCUUGUCGGGAAUGAAGUCAUUCCGUUUUCAACAAGCUAGACUGUGUAUUUGGGAUCCAGCCAAGCUCCUUACAAGAGAUUUCAUGACACUUGAACUGACUAAAGAGAUCAGCCUGAGGUCCGGGAACCAAAGUGAUCACGUUAGGAGGACCUUUAAUCCUACUAUGCAGGUGUAAAACGCUGUUUAGAUCCUUGUUUUGCAGCAGUCGCAAUAUGCUUGUUUGUCCAUUUAAAGGGCUGCAUUGAUUUGUUUACUGUGUGGCAGUACGUCUGUUUCAAUGAAUGUUUUUGUCAAAAUAUUAUGCUGUCAAAACACCUGUAUGGAUUUUAUUACUAAUAAAGGAGCAUCAUUUGUAUUAAAA